AUGUCAUUUCUCUCCUCAGGGCUAACUUCCGAAAGUCAUUCGAUCACCACUCUUCAAGGCUCCACUCACUUCACUCUUUGCCACCGCCUUCCCUCUGAGACGCCAGCUCACUCCUUCAGCUUCCAGCUCACUCCUGCAGCUUCCAGCACUUCUGCAGCAUCCAGCUCACUCCUGCAGCUUUCAGCUCACUCCUGCAGCAUCCAUCACUCCUACCGCUUCCAGCUCACUCCUGCCGCUUUCAGCACUCCUACCGCUUCCAGCUCACUCCUGCAGCUUCCAGCACUCCUGCAGUUUCCAGCUCACCCCAACAGCCUCCAGCGGCCUUCCAGUUCACCCCUGCGGUGCUCUACUGACAUCCCGCUACCUAUUCCUGCAUCCGCUGAUGAUCCUAUCCAGUGCCCACUGACGUCCAGAGCCCUUGUACGGUCGAUUGGCACUCACACCUCUUGGCUUGCUGCAACAAGUGGUGACCCCGACGUGAUCUAUGGACACAGGCAGACGGCUAGCAGAGAAGAUGGCGGAACACACCGAAACAGAAAUCAACACAUCAGCCGCCCUGAUACAACUACCGCCAUACAUACAACUCGAUCAACACCAGGAUUGGACACCAUCCCAGCUCCUCCGCCUGAUGAAGAGCUGCCUCGGGAACAACACCAUGGCAGAACCCAUCCUCUGAGGGCUAUGGAUGGAUCGCCGACAAAAUAUACUCCCAGGCUCACCAAAUUUCACCAGGUUGAGAGCCACGGAAACCACACACAAUGCCUCAAAGAGGAGAUGACCCAGCUACGCGCAGAGUUGAGAGACCUGAAACUCUCCCUAUGCUGGAGGCAGCGAAGCCCAGCAAUUUUGACGCAAAAUCGGAGCCGUAUACCGCAGCUCAAGUCCAAGAAGAAGAAACAGUGUGGACAAAUGUUGGUACCAUCAAACCCGGUGACCGAGCCGCAAGUGCCACCCUCCCCUGCAGACGCAAUAAGGCCCAGGGAAACGAAUAGACCGACAGGCAGUGGCACGAUGAUCCCUGUCGGUACUGGCCUGCUUGACACUGGCGCAGCCAUCAGCGUAAUACCACUCACCAACAGAUUCGCCUUGAAACCCACCCCAUUCCAACUUCGAGCGGCAAACGGCUCCACCAUAGAAACCUAUGGGAACAAGGAACUUACUUUGAAUAUCAACCUCAGGCAUGACUUCAAGUGGUCAUUCACCGUAGCUGACAUCAGGACACCCUUGCUCGGUGCUGACUUCUUGGCACAUUACAACCUGGCUGUCCAUAUGAAGAGGAGGACCCUGUCCGACAACAUGACAACCAUCAAGAUCACAGGGAUCCCAUCGAGCUUCAACACAACUAGGAUCAGCAUGGCAACACAGCAUGACCCACGCUACGUAGAAAUCCUGCGCCGGUACAAGCACCUCACGCAACCCAUCAAACCAACUGAUGCAGGCGACCAUCAGACCCAACACCAUAUAAAGACCACCAGACAACCAGCAUAUUCACGGCCAUGA